AUGCCGGACACAUUCGCUCUCAUAAAGAACCGGACAGAGCCACGGCUGGGGCAGCUGGAGCGCACUCUGGCCACGGAGGGGAGCGCCCGCCCCGCCUGGGUCAUUGGAAUCCUGGCCAGCGUGCUGAUCUUCACCACAGUGGUGGACGUGCUGGGGAACUUGCUGGUGAUCAUCUCGGUGUUUAGGAACCGCAAGCUGAGGAACUCGGGGAACGUGUUUGUGGUGAGUUUGGCGUUUGCUGACCUUGUGGUCGCCUUCUACCCCUACCCCUUGGUUCUUUAUGCUCUCUUCCAUGACGAAUGGGCACUUGGAAACACACAAUGCAUGGUCAGUGGUUUCCUUAUGGGACUGAGUGUAAUCGGCUCCAUUUUCAACAUCACAGGAAUCGCAGUGAACAGAUACUGCUACAUCUGUCAUUCGUUCUCCUACAGUCGGCUGUACAGCUAUCGCAACACUCUGCUGUUUGUUGCCUUAAUCUGGGUGCUCACUAUAGUGGCCAUUAUACCCAAUUUCUUCGUUGGUUCUCUGCGUUACGACCCAAGAGUCUACUCCUGCACCUUCGCCCAGAAUGUCAGCAGUUCUUACACGGUGGCCGUGGUGGUGGUUCACUUCCUGGUGCCCAUUGCAGUAGUGACCUUCUGCUAUCUACGCAUCUGGGUGCUUGUAAUUCAGGUGCGACGUAAGGUGAAGACGGAGGAGAGCCCUCGCCUCAGACCCAGUGACUUGAGGAAUUUCAUCACCAUGUUUGUGGUCUUUGUGCUGUUUGCCAUCUGCUGGGCUCCUCUAAACCUGAUCGGCCUGGCGGUGGCCAUAGAUCCGUCCCGUGUGGCGCCUCUCAUUCCUGAGUGGCUUUUUGUGGUCAGCUACUUCAUGGCCUACUUCAAUAGCUGUCUGAACGCCAUCAUCUAUGGCUUACUCAACAGGAAUUUCAGGAACGAGUACAAACGCAUCGUCACCUCUGUGUGGGUGACUCGGCUCUUUGUGACAGAAACUUCGCGAGCCGCCACAGACGGCAGAAGCAUGAAGAGCAAGCAGUCGCCACCCCCGCCGCUUAACAACAACGAGUCAGUGAGAGAUCGCACCAACAAAGAAUGA